AUGGAGGCAUCAUCUCCUCUGGCAGCAAUGCACCGCCCGAUGCCCACUCCAGCAUGGGGCAACCGAGAUCUCUUCAGGCCUCGUCCUCAUUCCUACUACUCUGCUUCGUCGGGCAGCCUGACCUCGGUGAGCCUUCGAGAGCAGUUGCACAAGAACGCGGCGGAUUACUUCAGUGUCAAGGAAGUUCGUGGAUCUUCUCCUGCUGCCAGUCUAGCUGCCGAUUUGUCCCAAAAUUUCCGCCUGGACAAUGAAGCAAGUCCGCAGUUCCCUACACCUCGCCGGGCCUUGUUCACGGCCAACAUGAUGGGAGGCAUGAGUAGUCGCCACUAUGUCACAACGCCUCCUCUACCUUCAUCUUCGCCGGCUCCGGUUGUUGAGUACAUGGAGCUGUCACCUCUUCCACACAAGACUCCCUUUUUUGCCCAAGUCGAGAUACAGUCCCCCACACCAGGCUCAACGCCCUCCAGUGACCAGGACAUGGUUCUAGACUCACCCGCUCCCAUACCUCGUCAGGUCUCUUCCGAGUCUACCAAGACUUUUCUGGCUGACCGUAGGAUAGCUGCCCCCCGUAGACCGUCGUUGAGCCGUAUGAAGGUGCUGAGCUCUAGCUGUCUUCCUACCCGAGCCCCAAGCGAAAGUCAAAAUCCUCUCCCUCCGUUUCGUUUUGGAGCCGACUCUGGAAUGGAUUAUGCGAACACCAGCCUCUCCCUAGGCGAAUGUUUCGAGUCGACAUCUCCACCUCAAGACCGGCAAUCAAUGCCGUUCAACAGCCCAUGUGUGCCCAUCUCACUGCUUCCUCGUCGCCCAUUAUUUAAUAGUGCUGCUGGCGCCGGUGGAGCUCGCUUUGGAUCCCCGAUCAACGGUCACGCGAGACGGCAGUCGAACCCAUUCUUUAGAAAUCGCAAGCAAUUUCGCCGGUCCCUGAGCAUGUUUGAACACCCUGCAGACAUUAUGAAGCCGCGAACCGACGCCGAGGACUCUCCUUCGACCUUGAAGUCGGUGAUGGAUAUUGAAGAAGUUCAUGAACCUUCGCUUCCCCAUUUCUUGCCGGACGACCCUAGCGAUACUAUCCCUCGAAUUGACAAGGACACACUAUUGGAUGUGCUGGAUGGGAAGUAUGCUGAACACUUUGACCAGAAAAUGGUCAUUGAUUGUCGGUUCGAGUAUGAAUAUGAUGGGGGGCACAUUGAAGGAGCCGUGAAUCAUAAUGACAAGGAGCUUCUUGCCACUCAAUUGUUUGAAACACCAAUGGCGGGCCGCACCCUGCUGAUCUUUCAUUGCGAGUACUCUGCACACCGAGCUCCACUGAUGGCUCGGCAUGUUCGUUCCCAUGAUCGAACAAUCAACGCUGAACACUACCCCAACUUGACAUACCCGGAAGUUUACAUUCUUGAUGGUGGUUAUAGUGGGUUCUUUGCUGAGCAUCGUGGCAGAUGCUACCCCCCCGACUAUGUGGAGAUGUCCGAUGAGAAGCAUCAGCGCACUUGCGAAAGAGAAAUGGGCCGUUUGAAAGCCCGGAAAGGUCUUGGACGCUCUCAGACAUUUGCAUAUGGAGAGAAGGAUCCUUGCGUCCACGACUCUCCAACAGCUCCUAGUCGACCCAGCUCUCGGCAUACAGCAUUGUCUAUGCUGGCGCAUUCGCCAAUUCAAGUGGAUAGAUCUCAGACACGACGAAUGGCGUCCUACUGA